UCUCACCAUGCAUCAGGAUUCCAGUAACUGACUAAAAGACAGCUGGAGGUUUCUCCAGAAAUCUGAGCCACACACACAUUGAGGGAAAAAAAUUGAGCAAGAACCUGAAGAGGCCGUAUUUUCGGUAAGUUUGUUACUGCUGUCAGCCACCCUGUUUACACUCUUGUUGUUACCAUGAGCCCAUGUGACAGAAAGGGGAGGGCACGGGGGUCCAGAGUGAUAGAAAAGGAGUCAGACACAAGAAUGUGAGGAGAGAAUGAAAGAAGUGUUGUGGGUGAGGACAGAGAAGCUGCAGAGGUUGGUCCCAAAAUAAGGUAAGAAAUAGCCUUUAUUACUUUGCCUAUCAUCACGACAUAUCUUUACUUCUUUAUUAUCAUCAGGAACCUUCCAUCAUGAAAUCCAAAUAUGACGUAAAGGUCUGCUGUGUCUUGGUGUGUUUGUCCAGUUGUGAUUUCAUUUAAAUACAAUCCAAAAAACAAGGAAAAUCAUGGCUGUCUUUAACCUGAAUGAUACUAUUGAAAUUAUUUUGCCUUCCUAUUACUUUCUUAUUUGCGAUCUCACUUCAAAAACAAUUCAAAAUAAACACAGAAUGAUUCCCUUUGCAUUUUAAUGUCACUUGUUCGUCAUCUGUUAUGAAUAUGCAGCAUUUUAAAUGGGCACCUGGUAAAGGUUGAGCACAUAACAAUUAUCAAAGAUGCAAAAGCUAUUACAUUAACAGAGAAAAUUCACACACUUAGACUCAGAUGUUGUGAGUUCUCUAAAUAUUAAAAAGAAAAACAAAACAAAUUUUGAGAACUAGGGUGAAUCCAUGUUGUCUAAAUCUGCAUGCCUAAACAGCUGCCUCUGUCUUCUUACUUGCUGAUCAAUUAUAAAAGCUGGACUGCAGCUGAAGACUGUGAAGCUGAUAGUGUUUUGUUUACCAAUCAGUAAUGAUCAAUUAUGUCAUGUCUUGUGCUUGACACUUUGCUCCAAGCUUCAAGUGAUAUGGAUGCAUCCUGUUCUGAGAUAUGCCAUUGAAAUGAAUGAAUAGCAGAUUAUACAGUAACAUAUUAUUGAAAGCAGUGAAGAGAAAAGUACGCUCUGGUCCUCUAGUUUCCAGAGGGAAUAACGCGCUGAACUGCAUUUCAGUUCUGUUUUAGUUACCUUAUAACGGAUAUUAACAACCACUUUUGACAAUAUUUACUAUCAGCAUCACGCAGCUUCAGCACAGACAUCCCAGGACCAGCAAAGUGCCUCUUCAAGUUAAUAAGUGAGAGGCACUUGGCAACAAGGGCUCAUCUGGUUGUGUAAGCCGACUGAUGUGAAAAUGAAAACAUAUGGUGCUGCCUUCAUACUGUGGUGUGUUGCAACUAUGGGUUUUCCCAGUGAUCCUAUGUUAAAUUUUUAAAACCAUUUUAGGCUUUCAUGCUUAACUCAACAAGAGAUCAGUAUAGUGAACACAGAAGAUAACUUUAGAAGGUAUUACAGGAUAGGUAAACGAAAUAACAUUUAGUUAAAAGCCAGACUGAAAAGGUAGAUCUUGAAUUAAGUUUGCUUUUAAAAUUAUGGAUUUGCUGUGCCACCAUCAAGUCUUAAGUUAGGCUGCUCCACACACAUGGGCCGUAAUAAAAAAAAAAAAAGCUGCCUCACUUUGCACAGUAAGAAAGACCUAAGGGUUUCUCACGGGCUUGAAUGAUAAAAGCAAAUCUAAUAAAUAAGCUGAAGUUAGACCGUUUAGAGUUUUACAAACCACUAGAAGAAUCUUUAAAUUAACUCUAAAAGAUACUGGACACCAAUGCAGAGAUUUAAAGUGGUCUGUGUCAAAUAUUUCUCAAAGAUUUUUGAUCUGCAGACAUGGCUUUAAAGAAAGAACUUUGAGCUUUGUAUGCAGUUUUUUUUAGCUAAAAUACAGAUGGGGUGUUUCAGUUUAAUCACUAGGUCAGCACAGCGCCUCACUGUGUACAAUUAUGAUGAAAAUACCAAAUAGUGGGGGGCCUUAGGGAUAUUUUCGUUCACUUUUGUCUAAAAGUGCCAAAUUUGGCACAGGUGUAGCUCAGGGCAUACUUAAAUGAUUUAGUGUGUUUUGACAAUUAAAAAUGUGUUGGAAUGCUCUUUUUUUUAUUUUUGGGUGUGUCUAGACCCUUAAUUUGCAUAGUUCCAAGUGGCGUUUUGCUAAUCUGAAGACAUUGGACGUAACUUGGCCAUUGUUAUGAGUAAAACCUGGUGCAAACGGUCUAAUUCAACUAAUUCUGACAUGCAUGAUUCCUUUCUGAUGUUUAUAUGAAAUGUCAGGGGUGGGGGGGGUGGGGUCGGCUGUGGUUGUGACAUUUUGAAGACAUUGGUUUCGCUUAAACGUCAUAGGUGGUGAAAACAUGCUGCCGAAGAUUAGUAGGAAGAACAAUGCCGUCUUCAUUGUGCUGUUUACACACUGCACGUGCCAGUGACAGCUUCACCUCCAUGACUCGUUUAUACGACACUGAGAACCCUUGUAAAUGAGCUUCAUUAAUUUCAUUUUUACGGCAUCCAUUGCCAUGGAGUUUGAGGCCCUGAUAGAGUGGAAAGGGUGGUUCUCAAUCUUUGCUGUGGCGUAUUGUGUCCGUCUUUCAGGCAUGAUGGGUGCCGCCAUAUGCAUUGUAAUGUUGACACUGGACGAUGAGACAUGCUAUUUUUGAUCUCGGCUUCAGGUUGUCAUCUUCUGUAUUAUCCUCAUAGGCUUUGAGGAGUCCUGGUCCUUGAAGGACAAUGUCAUUGAAUACUCUUAAAGGUUCAGGAACAGAUGAGACAGUUGGAAGGUAAGGUGCCAUCAAAUUUGUGUCCUGGUUGUAAACAAUACUUGUGUAAAACCAAGGCAGCCCUUGUCAACAAAAGUGCCUCAUCUUGAUCAAUCUGGUUGGAAUCAUGGCCUCUAGCUACACUGUCUGCCACUUUUUGCUUGUGUUACGACCCAGCCUAGGGUUAUGCUGGACGUAACAUAAAGUGCUCCCUCCUUUGCCCCAACUCCCCAAGAAAACCAACAAGCAACCAGAAUUAGCAGUCUUAAAUUAAUUUAUUGUUAAACAUAAAUCGUAGUCAACUUCAGGGUGGGCACAGGCCAAAAGAACCAACAAAACCUCUUAUUUAAAACUACCUUACCUCAGAAACAAAAGUGUAGUAAAUAAAAUACAGGGGGUCUUACCUGCCUCCCUACCCAAAACACGAGAAAAGUCUGAAAUGAAAUAGCUGCCCACCCCUACCUACCAGACUGCUCUUAAAACAACUUAAACAAUUUGUCAUGAAGACAAAUCAAAAUUCACAAAGCUUUCCACUAUUUCAACACAAAAGAGCCUCCACGAAACACAGGUCUGGCUGGGAGUUGAGACCAAGGAAAUGAGAGAGAGAGCUCCUCCAGCAGUCACCCUUUUAACAGCUUCCCUCCUCAGCUGCUGUCCAAUCAGGCCAGAGUCCUCUCCUGAAAAAUAAAACAGACAGGAACAGCACCUACCACAGGUAGGGAGGGUUACCCACAAACAAAAUGUGCUGCUGAAAAAAGAAACAGGAAACAUAUGACCCCAGGUCAUAACACUUGCAAUGUACGUCUCCCUCCCUUUCUGGUGUUCACUCCAGUCAGGCAGAAAAGAGAGGAGAUGUGUCUUGAAUCUUGUUGUGUGAGGUUCAUUAUAACAACAGACAUGCCUACGUUCAUUCAUAAGGGUUCUAUAGAGUUGCCUUAAAUUUGAAAUUGUGAAGGAGCAAUCUGAAUCCUCAACUAGGGCAAAAAUUUGCGCUAUAUUCAGAGGGUCAAAGGUUUCCCUGGAUUUACUGGUAGACGCUUCUUCUGAUAUGCUGGAAGAUGUUUUAUGUUGUGCAACUUGUGCUGCAUAUCUCAAGUUCAGAUAACAUUUGGUAUGAUAGUACACAUCUGCUGCGUGCACAUCGGACGCUUAAGUAACUAAUCUCCCAAGAAUUUCUAAAUUUUACAGAGAAUUAAAACAGAAACCGAUAUUAUUAUGUGUGUGUGUGUGUGUGUGUGUGUGUGUGUGUGUGGGGGGGGGGGGGGGGGGGGAUAUAUCUUUAAGAUACAGCUUUACAUUCUAUCUGUGUGAAAAGAUAUGUGCAAUACAUUUUGGUGGAUAAUGGCUAAAAAAAAACUAAAAUAGUUUGCCAAAAGUAUCAAAAGUUAAGGGACACUUAAUUUUUACAUAGCCGCCAUCUUGGAAAUAUGCUAAUUAGGUGUCCAGACACACCCAAUCAUAAAGAUGAACCCAACAAAAAACAUGAAAUAGACACCAAGUUUGGAUUUGUAGCUCAUCUGGUUUAAAUGUAGAGGCAAAAGCGUGUUCAAGUGGUGGCCAUAUUGGACCAGCUGCUGUGGCAACCCCAGAGGUCACCGGCGCGGGCGCCUCAGCCAGAUCAUUUAAGUAUGCCCUAAGCUACACCUGUGCCAUAUUUGGCGCUUUUAGACAAAAGUGAACGAACACACCCUAAAAUCUCCCUAAAGCCCCCCACUAAAAAUUAUAAAGUUCUAUGGCCUGCCUGAUCCAAUAUUGAUCCAAUACUUCGUCCUUAUGCCUCCAGAGUGCUAUUGUUGUUUAAAAAUACUCCUUCUCUUAUCACAUUGAGCCUGGGCACUGCAGUAUGUUUUUCGAACGUCCUACGCACAGUAUUCUGCUCCAGUAAAUACUCACUGAGUCCCCUGCUGAAAAUGGUCCCAGAAAAAUACAGUGUUAAGUCUUUUUAGGAGCUGCUUUCAUAAAUACAGAGCCAUGUUGUUUUACAAAUUAUUCAUCCCCUUUUUUUUUUUUUAAAUCAUAUGAAUUAUUUUUCAGACUCUCAGAGAUAUAGUAACUCAUUGAUGCCGUCAGUUAUUCAUUAGACUUAAAGAUAAGAGAAUUACAGAACAUUUGCAGUUAUAACUUCUGAUUUCUUUUGUACGAACUGAGUUGUCAAAAACUGUUCAUACCAGGGGAUUUAUAAGUGAACUAAAGCUGUAAAAACUAUCACCAAAUAAGCCAAAAAUAACAUUUUAAAAGAUCCAGAAAGCUUAAAUGACCAAGCCACCAAGCCACUUUUAUUUCAAACUUUAAACUUUGCUUUGUGUAACAGGAGGAAGCUGCAACACUGUGAACACCAUGAACGUGACAGCUGUCUACGAUGGAAUAACCUACCCCUACAAUGUGUCCAACACCACUGACAACGGAGGCCUGGCCCUCCUGAGCAUCCCCCCUUUAAUCAACAACAUCGUCAACAUCCUGACCAUGGCCUGCCUCUUCAUCAUCAUGAUAUCUCUGGGCUGCACGAUGGAAGUUUCCAAAAUAAAAGCCCACUGCCUCAAGCCGAAAGGUGUAGCCAUUGCACUGGUGGCCCAGUUUGGCAUCAUGCCGCUGACUGCUUUCAUUUUAGCCAAAUCAUUUCAGAUGCAGUCUUACAGAGCUGUGACUGUGCUAAUCUGUGGAUGCUGCCCAGGAGGGUCCUUGUCAAACAUUUUUGCCUUAGCUGUUCAGGGAGACAUGAACCUCAGGUGAACCCUCACUGAUACAGUGAUUCUGUCUUUUUGGGAGAAUAUGAGUCUCCCUAAAUGUGUUAGCAGAGUUUGUUACCAUACCACAGACAGUUAUCAUUUUUCUGCAAAAUGAGAGUUUAUUGCAUGCAUUUAGAUUUAAGUCUAAUGGUGUCUUUUCUCUUCUUUUAGCAUUGUAAUGACCACUUUCUCCAGUGUUGCUGCCCUGGGUAUGAUGCCUCUACUGCUCUUUAUCUACUGCCAAGGCUUCCCCAGUCUGAAAAAUGCUGUACCCUACCUCGGCAUUAUCAGUGCUCUCAUCUUUACACUGGUGCCCUGUGCCAUCGGCAUUGCCAUCAAUCACUACAGACCAAAGUAUACACCAAUUAUCAAAAAAGUGAGACUCCUUACCAUUUAUCUAAUCCUUUUUGUAGUUUAUGUAUUUAUUUUUAUUUUUAUUUUUUAAUGGGAUGUAAUGUUUGGCAAACGUGUGGCCUCUGCUCUAGUGUUCCAGUAAGUCACGAUAGUGUGAGGGUAUCACUACUGUAACACUUGUGUCUUCCAAAAAGGGCUUACUGUACGCUUCAUGUUGGGAUACUGAGGUUUAAAUGGCAAUAACUUGUAACAUAUUUGUUGUUUUUAAUCUGACAGGGUGGUUUGAGCUUACUGCUGAUCUGUACCAUCAUAUUGUUCGGCGUAUCUGGUUUUGCCAUCAAAGACGUUGUGUGGAUGAUCCUCAAACCUGAUUUUCUGACUGUGGCAGCACUGAUGCCUCUGACUGGCUUCAUCAUGGGAUAUGUCAUGUCCACUUUAUGCAGACAAAGUCCUCAGUGAGUGUUCAUACAUUACACAUAUCUAUGUUUGAGUCAGAAACAGCUCAGGCAAUUGCUUUGUCCCAGUUCAAAGGUCAUUUAUAAACCUGCUGUGAGUUUUUGAAUUACUCACCGCUUUAGAUGGAUCCAAACUAAGUAACUGAACAAAUCAGUUUUUUUUUAAUGUAUUUCUACAUAUAACCAUUUAAUUUUAAUGAGAUGGGUUAAAAGCUUUUUCAGAUUGUAUUUCUUGAAAUACUACUACUAAAAUAUGAUAGAGUUUUGAAUAUUAAUCACAGUGCAAUUUAGAGCAAUAUUUAAGAAGUGUUUUGGUUUAAGACUCAGAACUUUUGAGAAACUUCUACAAAUAAAUUUGAACUCAGACACAGUUUGUGAUAAAAAACGUCCUUCUUAUUAAUGAGUGGAUAAGAGGGAUCCAAAUACUCCCAGUAAUCUUUUUAAAUAAGAUUAUUCAUUACACCUCCUUAUGGAGGGUGGUGACUGUAAUUACAUCCUUUAGCACAGAGUGUAAGCUAUAUGAGAAAGUGAAACCCCCAAACAAAUCCUGCUCCUCAGUCAUUUCUUUCCAGUUGCAUCAAAAUUGUGGCAUGCCAUGAAAAUUGUUACACAGCGAAAUCAGAAAAAAGUGGCCAAAUAUUUGUCUUUUCUAUUCUUUUUAGAUUUAGCCGGACCGUUGCCAUGGAAACAGGGUGUCAAAAUGUCCAGCUGUGCUUUGCCAUCCUAAAGGUGGCCUUUCCCCUGCAGGUCAUCGGGGCUUUUUUUCUUUUCCCUCUGAUAUACUACAUACUCCAGGUCACUGAGGGCCUUCUGCUAACGCUGUGCUUCAGAUGUUACAGAAGAUUCAAACCACCAGCUGAGGGUAAAUGUCACAGCUGCAUGUGUGUUUGUGUAGAGAGGGGCUGGGAGGAGGUGGGAGACAAGCAUGUACACCCUCUCUACACACUCUCUUUUGUUGGUUUUUGAAGUUUUGAUGAAGUCUAAUGUCACUGUUCUUCUUUGUUUUCUUUUUUUUGUGCAGAAAAAACUAUACCCAAAGAAAGUGUGAUUUGACCAAGAGGGGAACUUCAACUGUGAUGGUAUCAUGACAGAUGACCCGGUGCUGGAAGGGCUGAAUCUUGCAGAUGAUGUCGCUGUUCAGAUCCUCAGUGUCUUGAUACCAUCUGUACAUCUCUCACUCAGGCCUGCUGUACCACAGGACAGAUUCAUAAUUAUGUGCAGACUGUGAUACUAAUUAUUGAUUUAUCCUCUUAAAUGGUAAAAAGUACAGCUAGUGUAUAUUUGAGUAGAAAGUUAAUGAUUCUAGAUGAUGUUUUAAAUGUAUAUUUUUGUAUGAGAAUUGUGAGAAUAAAUUCAUUAAUUUUAUAAAGGGAUCAUUUGAGCAAGAUUUAAUGCACAAAUUGAUGGUUUUAUUUAGAAAAAUAAAUCAAACCUAUCAUCUGUCUUUUGAA